AUGACUCAACUACGCAUACAUGGCAAGACCUUGGAGUUCGAAGUCGACUCGGGUGCAGCCUGCACACUCAUCAGUGAGGCCACGUUCAAAGCUACGUGGACAGAUGACCCACCACAGCUUCAAACGGAUAACAUUCUCCUACGCACAUGGUCAGGCCAGUCCCUCCGAGUUCUCGGAUGUGCAACGGUGGAUGUAGAGCACAAGAACAAGAAUUUCACACUACCGCUUGUUGUCAUCAAAGGAGCAGGUUGUAACCUGCUCGGACGAAACUGGUUUCCUCAUCUGGGCAUACAGAUCACGGGCAUCGAUGACGUAUCAGACGACAAACUUGUUUCGAAGCUUCUAGACAAGUACCAGUCUGUGUUCAACGAGGACAUCUCAGGACACGUCGGUCCUGCGGUACAACUUGAACUCGUGGAAGGAGCGAAACCAAACUUCCUAAAAGCUCGACCAGUUCCUUUCGCGCUGCGGUCAGCUGUAGAAGCUGAAUUGGAUCGACUGCAAAGUCAAGGCAUAAUCGAGCCUGCGCAGCAUUCGGAUUGGGCAACGCCUCUCGUACUUGUUCGAAAGAAAAACGGCUCGUUGCGAAUAUGUGGCGACUACCGUUGCACUGUGAACCAGGUAUCGAAGAAGGCCGACUACCCACUUCCAAUAACUGAUGAAGUCCUUAGCCACUUGAGAGGAGGCAAGGUAUUCAGCACCCUGGAUUUGGCACAAGCUUACCAGCAACUUCACGUAACGCCAGAGACAGCAGAGAUAUUGACCCUGAACACGCUGAAAGGGCUUUACAAGGUCAAACGAUUGCCUUUCGGAAUCUCUGCAGCUCCAGCCAUUUUUCAACGCUUUAUGGAGACUAUGCUGUCUGGCAUCACAGGCGUUUGCGCAUACCUAGAUGACGUGAUCAUCAGUGGAAAAGACGCCACGGAACACGCCGAGAGACUGGAAGUUCUGAAGAGGCUACGCAAUUGCAACCUUCGUCUCGGCAAAAACAAGUGCUGUUUUGCAGUGCGAGAAGUUUCUUUUCUGGGACACCGAAUUGACGAGACAGGCGUCCACACCAACGAGGAGAAAGUUCGAGCAAUAACGGAGGCUCCAGCACCAAACUGCAAGCAAGCACUUCAAUCAUUCCUUGGAAUGCUGGCUUUCUACGACAGGUUCUUGAAGAACAGGGCAACAAUUGCCAGCUGUCUCUACCAGCUUCUUCAGAAAGACGCCACGUGGAGAUGGAAGACCAAGCAUCAAGAAGCAUUCGAUAAACUGAAGAGAUUGCUUCUCAGUCAGACCGUACUGGCACACUACGACGAACAGAAGGAGCUUCUCGUCUCAUGCGACGCUUCACCGUAUGGCAUAGGAGCUGUUCUGUCUCAACGUGAUGACCAGAAUAGAGAGGCGCCAAUCGCUUUCGCAUCUCGGACGCUAGGGACAGCGGAACAGUUGGACAGAGAAGGCCUUGCCGUAGUGUUUGUUGCACACAAGUUCCACAAGUAUAUUGCGGGAAGAAAGGUGACUUUCGUCACGGAUCAUCAACCGCUUCUCGGCAUACUGGGUCCAGGGAAGCCAACGGCUCAAGUCCUCUCACCACGCAUGACCAGAUGGUGCAUCAAGUUGUCGGCCUAUGACUACAACAUCGUCUACAGGCAUGGCAAGAACCAUCAAAACGCGGAUGCAUUGAGCCGAUUGCCACUACCAGAACGUCUCGAUGAACCCUGGCCACCAGGCGACGUACUAUUGUUCGAAGCUUUGUCGAGACCUCCGUUCACUGCUACAGAGAUAGCACGUCUGACACAAGAAGACAGCAUCCUGCAGAGGUUGUACAAGGCAGUGCAGGAUGGCACAGUGGAGAAACUCACUGGAGAUGAGUUCGCUCCUUACCGACGACGAGCGACCGCACUAGCAUUUCAUCGCGAGUGCCUCACGCUUGGAUCACGGGUGAUCAUACCGAGCUCAGCACGAUUCCACGUUCUGGCACUUCUGCACGCUGGUCACCGAGGCAUGGUAGCCAUGAAGAAGUGCGCAAGGAGCUACGUAUGGUGGCCCGGAAUCGACAAGGUGAUCGAAGAAACGGUGCGACAGUGCCGUGAAUGCCUCUCAACGCAGAAGAGCCCACCCAAAGCUCCUAUUCCCUCCUGGGACCGUCCCAAGACACCAUGGCACACGGUGCACGUUGACUUCGCGGGGCCACUACUCGGGCGCACCUACUUGGUUGUUGUGGAUGCACACACAAAGUGGGUGGAAGUCCGGCACGUGACGCAAGCAACAUCCGCGGUUGUUAUCGAUGUGCUACGAAGCAUCUUUGCUACGUUUGGCAUUCCCCGAAAGGUCGUCUCCGAUAAUGGAAUAGCCUUUAUUUCCAACGAGAUAAGGCAGUUCUAUACGGCAAAUGGCAUACAGGCUACAACAUCACCAGCUUACCAUCCUGCCACAAACGGCCAGGCAGAACGCUAUGUGGCAGAGCUGAAAAGAGCACUCCUGAGAGAAACAGACAAGUCCAUACAGUGCCGACUUGCAAGAUUCCUGUAUCGGCAGCACACAACCAUUCACACUGCGACAGGAAUGUCUCCGGCGAGAGCGAUGUUUCGACGAGAGCUUCUAUGUCCACUAGAUCUUCUAAAGCGGGAGACUGAUAUACCAAUUCCUGAGAGUCAGGAGACAUUGAAGAAAUCCCGUCGUUUCGCAGUAGGAGAGAAAGUGCUCAUCCGACAGUUUUUGAAAAAGCCAGAUUGGAUUGAAGGCAAAAUACUGCGCCGCGUCGGACCACGAUCCUGGCUUGUAAAAAGCAACCACGGAAAGGUUCGGCGUCACCUCAACCAUAUGAGGAAAACGAGCCACACCGGACACACAACUCAAUCACCGACAGAUUGGAGCGUAGCAGAUGAUUUCUCGGACACAACGUCAGAAGAGACGCCGUCAAGUUCUGCUGAUCAACGGCCUGACUCGCUCAACAUGCAAGACAAGACUCCCUCGCAACCGUCGACCUCGACGUCACAAGCAGGAACCACCCGGCAACUGCGACCACCAGAGGUUAGGCGGCCUCCAGACCGCUAUGGAGACUUCGUCUAA